UCAAAAUUGACGUUCUUAUUGGGGAUCAAGUUAAACUGGUAACGCCUUUUCUAUCAUACUUGGUUGAGAAGGUAUACUACUUUUUUUUUUUGCACCUCCCUCCAUCCAAGCUCACGGCAGAUCAAUUCGGAGGAGCUGAACGUAUUCUGGAACGUCAAGUUUGCUUUAAAGAGUACAUUACCUAACGCAAAAUAAACGAGGCAAGGAACCAGGAAUGGCGUCUUCUGAUGUUGAUAAGGCCAAGUUAGCGGAGCAGGCUGAGCGCUACGAGGAUAUGGCCCUCAUAAUGAAGACAUUAACAGAGGAGAAAGGGAAAUCCUUUAAAGAAAACCUGCCCAAAGAAGAUGAAGAAAUGAACCUGCUGUCCAACGAAGAGAGGAACCUGCUGUCUGUCGCCUACAAGAACGUGGUUGGAGCACGCCGGUCCUCCUGGAGGGUGAUAUCCAGCAUGGAGCAGAAGAGCGACGAGGACAACAAGAAUGGAAUCAAGGAAUACCGCAAUAAGGUGGAAACUGAGCUGAAGAAAAUCUGUAAAGAAGUACUGACAUUGCUGGACGACUAUUUAAUUCCCUACUCUACCCCCGCCGAGUGCAAAGUCUUCUAUUACAAGAUGAAGGGAGACUACUACAGGUACCUUGCUGAAGUUGCUGGAGACGAGAGGAAAGAGACUAUAGAAAACUCUCAAAAGGCGUACGAGCAGGCUAAAGAGGGUGCGAAGGCAAUGCAGCCCACGCACCCAAUCCGGUUGGGCCUGGCGCUGAACUUCUCCGUCUUCUACUACGAGAUUCUCAACUCCCCCGAACAAGCCUGUGCUCUUGCCAAAACGGCCUUUGAUGAUGCCAUCUCUGAGCUGGAUAAACUGAAUGAAGAUUCAUACAAAGACAGUACUCUCAUUAUGCAGCUGCUAAGGGAUAACCUUACAUUAUGGACAUCAGACACCGCAGCAGACGAAGGUGAAGGUCAAGAGCCCGUCAAGAGCUAGACGCACAGACUCCUCCCAAAUGGAAAAACGGGGAAAGAAUUUACAAAACCUUUUUACACUUAUCCAUUCCUUAUUGCUCCACAUAUACAUAAGAAACUUCUAGCAAUGAAAAUGUAUCAGUACUGAAUACAUGGAAAUUCAGCAGUUUAGUUUUUCAGCUUUUGAAAAGAAAUUGGGAACAAAAAAAACCUCCAUUCCUUCAUUUGUGUUUGUCCUGGCCUUCCAUAUGCGUACUUUCUGCUGUAGAAAAGUAUUAAGAGCUUCACUUUAUAUUGAUGUCAAUUUCCCAUUUAAAAUACGAUUUGAAUAUUAAUGUGGCAUUGCAGGGCGUUAACAUAGUGUGACAAAUCGCACUUAAAAUUUCAAAUGUGAGCGGUUGGCACACCAUCAUAGUGAGGGUUUCCUUGUGUUAAACGGAUUUAAAUUAACGUGUUUCUCAGACAAUUUUCUGUGUUCUUUCUGCACAACGCUGCAUGGUACCAGCUGCUGUAAUAGUCCCCUAGCCUGCAGUGACCCUGUGCGUGCUGGCUGUUUGGUACUGCAGUGGAGGGAGGGUGUUGGUGUCACACAGCCAGUCUCUGACAUUGUAACUUGCCUAAAUGAACAGGGUUGGGGGACUUUCUGAAGACCAAAAUGAAAAUGACAAAAAAAUACAAAUAAUAAUCUUAAUAUUACAUGUCCUACACUGGAGAGGGAAGUGAUGUUGUGCUCAUCAGGUCUAAGUGUUGGAUCUAAUACUUUUCAAUGCAGGCUUAUGCACAUGUAAGGGGGUGUCUGGUUAAUGCAGUGGGUGUCAUUUUGGAGAUUUGGACCACUAUUGUGUUUUGCUAAUCAUUGAUUGUACUCCCCAAUAAGCCAAUAAGUGAAAAUGUCCAGUGCCCUACUUAAUGCCUGUGUGACAUGAAUAAAAAUGAUUACAUUUUAUAAACCAA